AAACUAACGCGUACCCACCUUCCUCUUUAUCCACACACCUCUUGCAACAUCUAUAUCUAUAUUCAUCCCCCCUGUUUCCUAGCAUGAUCUAUUUUUAUUAUUCUACACUUCCGCAAACACCUUAUAUAUAUUCACAUUUCAACUCACCACCUUUGUCAAUAUAACAAAACAUACUCGCUGUAUCCCGCUUGUAAGUCGGCGUAUCUAGCUCGAAAGUAAUUUACCAUACUGGUUUAAAGAUUGAAUUAUGUCGGAAUCUAAAGCGAAGGAGAUCAUGAUAAGGCAAGUUUGGGCGUCCAAUCUCGAUUCGGAGUUCGAAAUAAUCGGAGAAUUUAUUGAUCAGUAUUCUUAUAUAUCGAUGGACACUGAGUUUCCAGGUGUUGUUUUCCGGCCAGAUGUGGGGCGUGAAGGACACGCGCCGCAAAAUGCUCUGCGCAGGACCUCGGAUCAGUACAAGCUGUUGAAAUCAAACGUGGAUGCUUUGAAUCUGAUUCAGGUUGGGCUGACUCUCUCCGACGCCGACGGGAAUUUACCGGAAAUUGUCGCCGGCGGUCAGAAAUGUAUCUGGGAGUUCAAUUUCAGGGAUUUUGACGUAGCGCGUGACUCACACGCUCCGGACUCGAUCGAGUUGUUAAGGAGGCAAGGGAUUGAUUUUGAUAGGAAUCGAGUUGAUGGGAUUGACUCGGCGAGAUUCGCGGAGUUGAUGAUGUCAUCAGGACUCGUGUGUAAUGACUCAGUGAGUUGGGUCACGUUUCACAGCGCGUACGAUUUCGGGUACUUGGUGAAGAUCCUCACGCGCCGGGAAUUGCCUGGGGGUAUAAAGGGGUUUUUGAAAGUUACCAGGGUGUUUUUCGGAAACAACAUAUAUGAUGUGAAAUACAUGAUGAAGUUCUGCAAGAGUUUGUACGGGGGUUUGGACCGGGUUGCUAGUAUGUUGGAUGUGAACCGGGCUGUUGGGAAGUGCCAUCAGGCCGGUUCAGAUAGUUUGCUGACGUGGCAUGCGUUUCAGAAGAUGAGGGAUGUUUACUUUGUAAAUGAUGGGCCGGAGAAACAUGCCGGUGUGUUGUAUGGUUUAGAGGUUUAUUAGUGAAUUUGAUUUGUUAUUAAUGAUAUUUUAUUAAUUUUU